CAGCAGCAGCAGCAGCAGCAGCAGCAGCAGCAAAUAAGCCUAUUUGAUGAUAGAGUCGGAUAUGAUGAUUCAGUGGGGUCUCAACAAAUUUCAAGCCCACCCAUGAACAGUACACCAUCAUCUUCCUCAAGGUCCAGCAUGGUAACUGGUAAAAGUGCCUUGGAAGAUAAACGGCCUUCUUUACCGAUAAACUGGGUUAUGCAGCAAGGGGAGGAUGGUUCUGUUUGUUAUUAUAUCAACACAAAGACUGGAGAAAUGCGAUCUUCUUUUCCAUAUGAUGAUGCUUCUAUGUCCGUAUACGAUGGCCAAAGUAGUAGCGGAUCAGAUGGAGAGAAUGAAGAUGAAGAGGAGCCACUUACUGUUUUGGAUUCAACGGACAAAGACACUUUUUAUCAAAUUUAUUCGAAUGCUCAUCAUCGUCAUCAGCGAGAUCAUCGUUCUUCGUCAUGCUCGUCAGUCUCUUCUUUUACAAACGAAACCGAUCAAAAAAAUGUGUCCGAUAAACAGCAACAGGGAAAGUGGAUCCAACGUACAACACCGCAGGGUCUGCCAUUUUUCUAUAAUUUGACAACAAAUGAGACUGCUUGGCACGCAGAUGCAAAGGGGCGAUAUUCUCCUUCUCUCCUGCCACUGACGGGUGAAUUGGUGAGGCCGAACCAGAUCAACAGUAGUGCUGACACAACCUCUUCCAGCAUCAGUAGCUCUACUACGGACAACCAUGAUCAAUGCAAAAGUGACGAGGAUGAUAAAGACAGAGUUGAUAUAACAUCGCCCAUGUCUACCUUUAGUCCUAUCGAUAUCGACUCACGGCAUUGUCACCAGCAGCAACUUACGUGGAAUAAACUUCUUACUCAUAUUACGUCCAUCAUCCACCAAUUAACUACAGCUGUGAAAAAUUCUCACAGCUCCCUAUACCAGAACUAUGCAGACCGUGUAGUCAAUGCUAUUCGCUUCAUGUUAUUCGCUUCGGGAACCAUCAGUAAAGAAUCGAUGCAUUUUCGUUGUAACAAUGUUCUACGUUCUCAUCAUCGAGCGAUGAUGGCAUCCAUGACUAAAUUAGUACUUGCCGCACAAUUAUCUUCGAACAAUAAACGGUUUGUUCAACCUUCUUCUACCAAUUAUGCCAACAUGGAUAUCGCUUCUGAUACAAUGGCAGGAGCAGCCAUAAGAACGGAUGAUUCUUCUACUGGAGUUUCUUCUUCCUUAGAAGUGAGUAAGUUACUGCAAGGUUGUCACGAACUUACAACAGCUGUUCGCAAUUAUGUCAGUACUUGCGAGAAUAUACCCGUAGAAUUACACUCUGUUGAUCCUACCUUUGUCCUCACUGGUUUGAAUGAUGAAGAAGACCGUGCCUGGGAUUAUAUCUUGAAAAGAAGAAAAGACUCUAUCUCUUCUGGUGCCUCCACUAUCUUCACAUCGGUCUCAGGCGGCGCAGGCGCCAAUGGCUUUAUCGGAAAUGCCUUUCAGAACGCUAGCAACAGCAAUAAUAUCGACGUAGGAGGCCUAAGGUCCAAAUAUGAACUCGAACCCAACCUAUUGGAGAAUUUGGAGACCUAUGGUGCCAGUAUGCAGGAAUCUAUCGAACCCUUGAUGGCGAACCUGACACGCCAAAGUGACUCACGAUGUUCUUUAGCAGUGCUUUUAUUUACACAUUAUCGAAAUUUUGGCAAUCAAAACGGGCAGUUUUUAUCUAUCAUUGAAGAUAUAGAUUUCGAAGACGUGCUACAUCUACCUGCGAUGAAAGCAUUCAACGAAGCAAAGCAGCAGCUGUAUGACGGGUUGGGUAUUUUGUUUUUCAAAAUGCAAGCCAUGACCGAUGAAUCUACACCCUUGCUUGAGGCGAUUAAGGAUAUACAACGUGUAUCUACUACCAUUAUUGAUGCCAUUAAAAUGGUAUGCGACUGGAUAACUGAACUAGUAGAUGAAAGAAGCCGUAUCUUGGAAGCUCGAAAGAAAGAUACACAACAGCAGCAAGCGAACCAGGACGAAAGAAGAACGAGGCCAUAUGAAAAUAGGCAAAGCUUGCUCGUGGAUGCAGACGAUAUGAUGGAGGCCUAUAAAGAAAAUUAUGGAGAGAAAGAGGAGGAGGACCCCAGCUCAUUCACCCACUUUAUAAGGAGUGCAGUAGGAAUGGACGAGAGCUUGAAUUUGGAUUUCAAAUUACCGCCCUUAAUGGACAAGCAACCCUCUUACAAUGGUUGUAAGCGAUCUAAAUCAGUCACUUCUGAUUUACAGCAACAGCAGCAAGGACAGACAAAGACAAAUGUGAAUCGAGCGUCAGCACCUGCAUCUAACCGUAAUAGUUUUUCUGAUACAGCUGAACGACCUUCACUAGUCUCCAUACCGACCGUUCAUAAAAAUACCCCGGCUAAAUUGAAGCAGUUUUUCGGGGAUGACUUACCGACCGAAGCUUCUAUGUCUUCACUGACAGCAGCUGGACCGACCGUGGCCGCCCAUCCUGAGUUACUUCAAAAUAUGAGAAGGAAACUUUCCGUGACACCUACUUCUACGAAGAGUGGGCUAAGCGCGACAGAAUAUUUCUUGUCAGGCGAAAAAUCAAAAAUGCAGGAUAAUACAAACAGAGAUGUUUGGUAUCUUCAACAUGACUACGAAGCAAAUGAGAUAGUAUUUACUGUAGAUGGCAAUGUAAAAGGGGGCACUUUGAAAGCGUUGGUGGAACGCCUGACGAUGCAUGAUUAUCUGGAUAUGAAUUUCAAUAGCACCUUUCUGUUGACCUACCGCUCAUUUUGCACUUCCUUGGAACUCUUAUCAUUAUUAGAAGCAAGAUAUAAUAUACAGCCGCCGGAGGGCUUCACUCCAGAUGAAUUAGAAGUCUGGACGAAUCGUAAACAAAAGCUUAUCCGGUUACGUGUAUUUAAUGUUUUGAAGAGCUGGUUGGAGCAAUAUUACUAUGAGGAAGAUUCCGUGCUCCUCGACCGAUUGUUAUUUUUCACAAACACCAGUAUCAAGGACUCUCUGCGGUUUUCUGCGGUACAACUGGAACGAUUAAUUCAUAAAAGAAAAGAAGCGUGCACGGAUCUCAAGAAAUUAGUAGUAACACAACAACAGGAUAUGCCAGAACCCAUUCUGCCGCGUGAUCUUCAAAAAUUCCGUUUGUUAGAUGUGGAUCCUUUGGAAAUGGCUCGACAGUUAACAUUAAUGGAUUUCAAAUUGUUCAGCUCGAUUAAACCAGUGGAAUGUUUGGAUAAAGCCUGGUCAAGAGACGCAUCUGCCGUCGCUGCAGCAGCCAAUGUGGAUUUCCAGACCGUCGAUAGUACUGGGAAAGAGAAGGAGAAUAAAAAGGGAACGUCUACACAGCAGCCACCCGUGCCGUCCACUGUACAAACACAGCCGACUGCCGUCAACAUUCGAGCAUCCAUCGAUUAUUGCAAUCGAGUGACGACGUGGGUAUCUGAUGCUAUUCUCUCGCAGCCGGAAGUGAAGAAACGCAGUGCUAUCAUCAAGUACUGGGUGAAUGUGGCAGAACGAUGUCGCCUCUUUAACAACUUUAACACAUGUAUGGCCAUUCUUUCCGCAUUCGAUAAUAGUGCGAUUGGACGAUUGAAACGAACUUGGGAGUUGGUGGGAGCACGUACUAAUCAUGUCUUAUCUCAUAUUCGCAAGCUGAUGGGUGCGAACCGUAACUUUAAUCAAUACCGUGCUAUCAUUCACUCCGUCAACCCUCCUUGCAUUCCCUUUCUGGGUAUUUACUUGCAAGAUUUGACGUUUAUCGAAGACGGUAAUCCGAAUCUGUUAAAGACAUCAAAGGACUUGAUAAAUUUCGCAAAGAGGGCGAAAACGGCAGAAGUGAUUAGGGAGAUUCAACAAUACCAAACAAUAGGUUACUACUUGCGAACCGUUCCAGAGAUUCAGCAAUUUAUUGUAGCGAGUUUACAAAGCGCGCGAGACGAAGAAGUACUGUAUAAAGAAAGUUUGAAGAUAGAACCAAAGGAGCGAGAUGAUGAGAAAAUAACCCGAUUAUUGCAAGAAUCAGGUUUUUUGUAGAACGGGAAUAGGUUUGCAUGAUUUGCCCAUCUUGACGUGUUCUAUUCAUUAAUUUAUUCUAUAACAGUGCUGCAUGCUACUACUACUACUACUAUUACUAUUACUAUUACUAUUACUAUUACUAUUACUAUUACUAUUAC